UGUUUGGCAGUACAGGAAAAAAGAUGAGUCUUUUCCUCUCUUUGCCUCUCAUCACGCAGACACAAAUCCUUUGUUUACUCUUCACUCUCUUCAUUCCUUCCCAAUGAAGAUUGCUUCUUUGAGGGGAAGAAGCAAACCCGUGGUUAAGAUCUCUGGGUCGUUUGUACAAAUGGGUCGCAAGAAGAAGAACAAAAGGCUUUUCAUAGCAGAAUUUGAUAAAAGAUUGGAACUUUUCACGCGUCCGCUUUCGAGUUAUUGGUAGAGCUUGCAUUGCAAAUGAGACUAGGUUGUUUAGGGUAAUUUGAGGAGGGUUUAACUGUUGUGUGGCUUUUAAGUUGGGGAUUUCUAGGAGGUUUUGUGUGUAUGGUAGUGAAAUGUAGUUUCUAGGAUUUGGUUAUGGUGCAUUUGGCUUUGUUGUUUUAAAUGGAGUGUUUGGGGAAGAAGAGGAAGGGUGUGGAUAUUUCAGUUGCUUGUGAAAAAGAGGAGGCUUUGCUAACAUUGGUUCGUUCACACUUAUCGCUGGAAGAUUACUCGAGGAGGAGAAAGAAAUGUAAGGAAGUAGUGGUUAAAGAUGAUGCUGUGACUAGGAAGAGUGUUGUUACUGGGGUUGUGACAGCGCCGCCUUGUGGGAGUGAGCAUUCGAACACACCGGGGAGGGGGCUUAAGAGGAAAAUCGGGUGCCUUGAUGCAGCAACUCGAUUAGGCAGAAAGAAGAAGAUUGAUCAGGACUAUGAGCUCGGAGAAAUUAUAGGGAAAGGGAAGUUUGGAUCUGUGAUGUUGUGUCGAAGUAAAUUGAGUGGACAACAGUUUGCUUGCAAGACUUUGCGCAAGGGAGAAGAGAGUGUGCACCGUGAAGUUGAGAUAAUGCAGCACCUCUCUGGAUAUCAAGGUGUCGUGACACUUAAGGCAGUGUAUGAGGAUGCCGAGUAUUUCCAUCUUGUGAUGGAACUUUGCUCCGGGGGACGAUUACUUGACCAAAUGGCUAAAUUUGGGCCCUACUCUGAGCAGCGAGCUGCUAAUGUGAUCAAGGAGCUUAUGCUUGUUAUCAGAUACUGCCAUGAGAUGGGUGUUGUCCAUCGAGACAUAAAGCCUGAGAACGUCCUGCUUACAACUUCUGGUCAAGUGAAGCUCGCAGAUUUUGGGCUAGCUGCACGAAUUUCAGAUGGUCAAAGCUUGACUGGUAUAGCUGGAAGUCCAGCCUAUGUUGCUCCAGAAGUUCUUCUCGGUCAUUAUACAGAGAAAGUAGACAUCUGGAGUGCGGGUGUUACCCUGUAUGCACUUUUGUGCGGUCUACUCCCAUUUCAUGGCAAUUCUUUGGAAUCAGUCUUCAACGCUAUUAAGAAGGAAAACCUCACUUUCUGUGGUGAAGUCUGGAAAUCUGUAUCACAACCUGCUCGUGACCUGAUCUCUCGUAUGUUAACAAGGGAUGCCUCAGCGAGGUACAGUGCAGACGAAGUACUAAGGCAUCCAUGGAUUUUGUUUUUCACUGAGCCAACAUUGAAUACACUGAUUUCAAAACCAAGAAUUAGGAACCAUGUGAGGUUAACUAGGAACCAGCUGAUAGCUGUUCACGGGUCAGAGUCUGAGAGAAACAACUUAACAAUCAAGAACUCUUUCAAUGAUGACUCUGUGUCCACUCCAUCAUCUGGCAAUUUGCUUGAAGGCGAAGAAGAGUCUAGUUUGGUUGAUGUUCUUGCCAUGGCUAUUUCACGUGUUAAGAUAUCGGAGCCAAAGAGAAGCAGAUUAUGCAGCCCUGCCAGACAAAUUGAACAGGAGUGUAGCUCUAACAUUAAAGUUAACCACCUAUGUACAGCAUUUUGACGACCAUGACCCACUGAUGCAUCAUCAAACGCGUUUCUUCUUUGCAGCAAACACCUGUGGUGGCUGGUGACCGAUCCUUUUAUCCAUUUUUCUGCAGAAAAUAAUGUUAUCAGAUAGCCUCUGGUAACCAUCUGAUUGCUCUUAUCAUGUUAGUUUUUCUUUCACUUAACUGCUCUUGAAUGCUGGUUGUAGAUAUAUGCUGUAAAUAGUGUGUGAGCUAAUUUGGCUGGAAGUUUAAACCAGCCACUUUGUUGAACACUUGUGACUUAUUAAGGAAUGUUAUGCAUUAAUAUUUGCAUUA